ACAUCAGUAUUUGUAUGAACAGUGCAAAGUAGUGGAUCACCUGUGCUACCAUGGGAAAGAGAGGGUUAACGGGAGAGGCUUAGUAGGUCCACACCUUGCCUGCAGGUAAAUGGGCUGAUAGUUGUCGGACAAAGUGUGGAUCGAGCAAUUGCAAUUACAACUAUGACGCGGUGUUUUACUUAACAGAAGCUUUUCGAUAAUUUAGCAUUUUUUUCAAAACCUGACGCAUUAAUUACUUAAUGGGUAAUGAUUGUGCCUGCCAGACGAUACGAAUAUGGUCAUUGGCAGUGGACGCUCGCAGGAUAUAACUGUGGAAGCGGUCAUAGAACACUAAGCUCAGAAGCAAGCUCUGUCCCAGUAAGCACAUUACGCCAGAAAAAAAUAAAAAGGCUAUACACAUAUUCAUAUGAAUCAUCCUUAAUGUCACCAGAAUAAAACCCCUUUAUUGUCACUGCCUACACAAUGCAACAUUACCUUAUUUUUUUCAGGUAUUACAUAAGUGUCCAUCAAACGACUAAACGAAGCAACUAUGUCCGUCCUACUCCUGCUACACUUGCUUCAUGUCAUUUGCCUGUCAUCAGUGACGAUUAUUGUAUCCGCCGAAGGAUCUGUAGCAACUAUAACAGCAUCUUCGCUAAUACCAUCGCAGAAUGUGGUUGCACAAUUCACGCUGGACAACAAUUCGUACUUCACCCAUUUAACAUACGAUAAACGAAGGAAUCUCUUAUAUGCUGGAGCUACUAAUAGAAUCUACCAAUUAGACACGAAUCUCAAGCAGCUCAAUGAAGCCAUAACGGGUCCCAAGCUGGACUCUCCGCAGUGUCAUGCGGGAGGAUGCUCUCCCGACGAAGAAACUUACGAGACAAAUAAUCACAAUAAAAUUCUAAUCUACAACAGUGGAGGUGAUACUCUGAUCGCCUGCGGCAGUAUACACCAAGGAGCAUGUGAAAUCUACUAUUUGAGUGGUAGAUUUCCGGACUCCUCGAAGUAUAUGGAGGUAGCUCUUGCUGCAAAUGAUGAAACAUCUUCCACGUACGCAUUUAUCGGUCCGAGCAAGUACCAGUCAUGGAAGAAAGAAGACAUACUGUAUGUGGGUACCACGUUCACAAACGUUGGUGACUACCGGCAUGACGUUCCGGCCAUAUCGUCCAGGAAGCUUGACGAUCUAAACUAUGCCGAAUUUUCGAUACAGCAAUCGAACAUUAACAUUGAUGUGAAAUAUCGUGAUCAUUUCCUGGUAAAUUACGUGUACGGAUUCAACAGUUCCGAUUAUGCCUACUUUGCGGUGGUGCAAAAGAAGUCUCACUUGGCGGAUGAAGCUGGAUUCGUAACCCGGCUGACAAGAAUUUGUGUGAAUGAUCCCAAUUACGAUAGCUACACAGAGGUAACCAUUACUUGUCUAGUGGAUGGAGAAGAUUACAAUAUUCUUCGAGAUGCGAAAAUUAUUCAAGCGGGGACAAAGCUGAGCCAAGAUUUAGGAAUCAAGAAAGAUGAUUACGUUCUUGUUGCUGUUUUUUCACCCUCUAAAGAAAUAACCAACGAGCCGCAAAACAAUUCCGCUAUGUGUGUGUAUAGUCUGACGGAGAUUGAAGAAGUGUUUAAUGAGAACAUUCAUUCAUGUUUCAAUGGAAGUAUCAAGGACAGAAACUUGGGAUACAUUUCCGGAACGAUAAAUGAUGGAAAGUGUCCUGUGGUGGGAUCGAUUGGUAACAUUUUUAGCUUCUGUCACGUAGGGCUAAAAAUCAGCGGCGUGACUCCGAUUCUUGCAAGAGCUCUCUUCAACUUUCCAAACGAAUCUGUAACGUCCGUUACAACGACCAAUACAGGACCUCACACGCUUGCAUUCCUCGGCACUUCGGAGGGCUGGAUAAAAAAGAUUUUAAUGUCAGGGCUCUCUGCUGGGGAAUACGAACGAAUCGAGGUGGACAGCGGUUAUAAAAUUUUACCUGAUACCAUGUUGUCGCCGAAAAAUGAAUACAUGUACAUUUUGUCUGAGAAAAGAGUCAUCAAAAUGAAAGUCGAACACUGCAGUACAUUCACCAAUUGUUCGAGUUGUUUGGAAUCCAGGGAUCCGUUCUGCGGAUGGUGUUCUCUUGAAAAGCGGUGCACAGUCCGAAACACUUGCCAAAAGGACACAAGCACAGCUAGGUGGCUUUCGAUUAGCACCGGACAGCAAUGUAUCGAUUUCGAAAUGGUCUCCCCUGAUAAAAUUCCUAUCAAUCAGAUGGCAACCGUGCAUCUUAUUAUUCGAACGCUACCUGAACUGCCACAUAAUGCCAAAUACAAAUGUGUGUUUGGUAACUCUACACCGAUAGAUGCGAAUGUGACCAAUGAAGGACUAGUAUGCAGAACGCCACCGAUAGAUAAACGACCCCAGCUUGCUGCUAGUACGGAUCAUAUCCUAGUUCCGUUGAGUGUGAGAAGUUCUGAGACAAAUAAAGAUUUCGUCUCUCGUAACUUUGCUUUCUAUGACUGUUCGCGGCAUGAUACUUGUCGGAAAUGUCUACGCAGUCAAUGGGGUUGCAAUUGGUGCAUUUACGAUAACAAGUGCGUCUAUAACACCUCAACGUGUCGUAACUCUGGAAGUAUCGUUACCAACGAAAACACGUGUCCACACUUUAAGAAACGAGCCGAGCCCAUCUUGCUGCCGAACAAAGUUCCCAAGGAAAUAAAAUUGGAAAUCGAAAAUCUGCCCAGGCCUCAGAGUGCCCAUACUGGCUUUCUGUGCACAGUCAACAUAGAAGGGGCUCAUAUGGUGUUACCUGCACGGGUGGAAUCGAAUAAAUAUGUUGUUUGCGAGAAAACGCCGUAUUCUUAUGAAGCAAAUACGAAUGAGUACGAAGCUAAAGUUGAUGUAAACUGGAAUCGAAACCAUUACAUAGACACAGUGUCAAUUAUUCUCUACAAGUGUGAUAUACUAGGGUCUCACAGAGAGCACGCCGACUGUAGUUUGUGUGUAACACGGGACAAGAAAUAUCAAUGCACAUGGUGUAACAAUCAGUGCGUAUAUAAUGAAACUUGUGCAUUUGACACUCAUUUGAAUGAAUGUCCCAAACCAAGGAUUGACCUCAUAAAACCCCUCAGUGGGCCCAUAGAAGGUGGAACAUUGCUCACUAUAGAAGGAAGCAAUUUGGGAAUUCGCGAAGAGGAUGUAAGGGGUAAAAUAAGAAUUGGCAACGUCCCAUGUGAACUAGUGAACUAUGAGAUAUCUGUCAAAAUAGAAUGCCGCACCGGGCCGGUUCCGGAAGAAAUGACGGCAUCCAUAAAAGUUGGUAAUGAAGCAGGAUAUACUGAAUCCAGUGUGCAAUUCCGGUACAAAAAUGUACAACUAACGGGCUUGCAUCCUACGAUGGGACCACAAAGCGGUGGUACCAAGGUUUCCAUUAUUGGAAGGUUCUUAAAUAUUGGUUCCAAAAUAAUGGCAUAUUUAGAUGAUUAUCCUUGCCUUAUCAACAUUACGCAAGCUUCAUCCGGUAGGCUAACAUGCAUCACGUCAGCCGCUCGUUCUCCAGAGCAUAUACGAAUCCUUACGUUAUUGAUAGAUGGAGCAAAUCGAACGCUGAAAUGCAUGGACGAUAAUCAGCUCAACAGCUUAAACCGAAACAACUAUCACUAUCAUAGCCAUUAUGAAACAUGUAGCGUGUACAAUUAUACCGUUGACCCCAAAAUAAUGCAGAUCAAACCUCUCAAGAGUUUCAUGAGUGGUGGAAGGAUGAUGACAGUUCACGGUACAAAUUUGGACUCUAUACAAAAACCUGAGAUAGAAGUGUAUUAUGAAGAUGAACGCAUUAACAAAUCAAUUUGCACCGUACUAAAUCCCAAUCAAAUGGAGUGUCCAUCUCCAUCGGUGAAUCUUAAAUUCCUAUCAUUUCUAAAGCACUUGGAGCAGAUGACUGGUAGCCUACAUGCAGGCAAUAAUCAAAGUCGCAUAAAAAACCGCAGAAGUUUAAUAACAACGGAGUCUUCAGGUUUUAUAUCUACUGCGGAAUCACUGAUAAGUGAUAACUCGGCGUUGACUGUGUCUCUGUUUUCGCCCACUCAGUUCCUUCCUUCGGAAGAGCUGCAAACAACUGCCUCUUUGAUGGACACUACAAUAAAUAGGCUUAGUUCGCCAAUAGCGCUCAAAAUGAGCGAAAGUCAAAUUACAUUCCAACUCAGCUUCGUAAUGGAUAACGUUCUAUCAGUAAAAGAUCUCAAUAAACAUUUCCAAAAUCUGCGAUCCACCAUUAUCUACGUCGAAGAUCCCAUUUAUUUCCCAUUUCCGAGUUUCAAAAAGCUAUACAAAGGAGACACUCUAGUGAUCGAGGGUGAAAAUUUAAAUAUUGCCAGUGAUGAAUCAGAUGUGAACGUUACAAUCGGAACGAUGCAGUGCAACGUAACGAGUCUGGCUCUGACCCAGCUGGUUUGUACGCCACCGGCGCAGCAACCGUUGCCCACAGACGAGAAUGGAACGGAACAAACAUCUCAGGAAUUACCGCUGGUGGUGGUACGCGUCGGACAGAAUCUUCGCUUUCAAAUAGGUUAUCUAAAAUAUGACUUGAUGAAACCGUACACAUUUUCACAUGUCUUAUUUGGCAUAGUGAUCGGCACACUGUUCAUCGUGGUUUCUCUAGUAGUGAUUUUAAUAAUUUAUCGCCGUAAGAGUACGCAAGCUGAACGGGAAUACAAACGAAUACAGAUCCAAAUGGACACCUUGGAAAGCAAUGUUCGAAUGGAGUGCAAACAGGCAUUUGCAGAGUUGCAAACCGACAUGACUGAUCUGACGGCUGAUCUGGAGAAUAGCGGCAUACCAACACUGGAUCACGUAAACUACAUCAUGAAAGUAUUUUUCCCCGGCGUGACUGAUCAUCCGAUAUUGAACUCGUCAAAGUUUCGAAUAAAUAUGCCUCGAACCAACUACGACCAAGCCAUGAUGCAGUUUGAACAACUUAUCAAUAAUAAAGUGUUCUUGCUGAUAUUCAUCGAAACGCUGGAGGCUCAGAAAUCAUUCAGCAUACGAGACAAGGUGAACGUAGCGUCAUUACUUAUGAUAGUGCUUAUGAAUAAAAUGGAAUACGCCACCGAUGUGUUAAAAUGCUUACUACUCCGAUUGAUUGAUAAAUCAGUAGUCACCAAACAUCCGCAAUUGAUGUUAAGGCGGACAGAGAGCGUCGUGGAAAAAAUGUUAACAAACUACAUGGCCAUAUGUAUGUACGAUUAUUUGAAGGAAUACAGUGGAAAUUCGUUAUUUUUGCUGUACAAAGCAAUAAAGCACCAGAUCGAGAAGGGCUUAGUGGACGCAGUUACUCAUGACGCUCGAUACUCACUGAGUGAGGAACGCCUUUUGCGAGAACAGAUUACGCAUAGUGUCGUCACUCUACACAUUAUUCAGGAUGACCUGGAUGAAAAAAUACAAUGCAAAGUUUUGGACUGUGAUACAAUAACUCAAGUGAAAUCAAAAAUACUCGAUGCACUUUUCAAAAAUACGCCUUUUUCGAUGCGCCCUUCGGUACACGAUUUAGACCUGGAAUGGCGUCAUGGUCGUGGUGGCCAUCUUACGUUACAGGACGAAGAUCUGACCACCAAAACGAUUGGGGGAUGGAAACGUAUCAAUACUCUUGCCCAUUAUGGCAUCAAAGAAUCAGCUGUGAUGUCCCUUAUUGCCAGACAGAACGAUAAUUAUAAUAAUUUCAGUAACAAACAGCCAUAUCCGAAUUGUUAUUAUAUUAAUAACUCUUCGUCUCACAUUUCCAUCAACGGAGAUAUGGUACAUCACACUCCGACGCUUCAGCAGAGCCAUUUGUUGAACUUUCAAAAUCAAGCGCAACAGACCCAUGUUCGUAUAUAUCACCUAGUGAGAUCAAUAGACGAGAAAACAUCUCUUGGGCAGCAGCAGAGUCUACACGAGAGGACCCACAAAGCGAUACCGGAAAUCUUCCUCACAAGGCUAUUGGCCACCAAAGGCACCAUCCAAAAGUUUGUGGACGAUUUCUUCGGUACCAUUUUAACGGUUAACAGUAUGCUGCCACCUGCCGUCAAAUGGAUAUUCGAUAUCCUGGACGACGCCGCCAAGCGGCACGGUAUUAUUGAUCCAGAUGUUGUACACGCUUGGAAGUCAAACAGCUUACCUCUGAGAUUUUGGGUAAACUUCAUUAAAAAUCCAGACUUCAUUUUCGACAUCAACAAAUCACCCAGUGUAGAUGCUUGCCUCAGUGUUAUAGCGCAAACAUUUAUGGAUUCUUGUUCCACGACGGAGUAUAGACUGGGAAAAGAUUCGCCAUCCAAUAAAUUAUUAUUUGCAAAGGACUUGCCACAGUACCGAGAGAUGGUUGCAAACUUUUACACUGAAAUCGCACACAUGCCACAAAUUAGCGAUCAGGAUAUGUGCACUGCCAUGCAACAGCUGUCCAUUCAGCAACAAGAAGAGUUCGACGUUAUAGCGGCGCUGAAAGAGCUUUACAUUUACGUAACAAAAUAUAGGGAUCAGAUCAUAGAUUCGCUGGAUAUGGAUAUACACGCGAAGAAAAUGCAUUUAAUACACAAACUUGAGAACGUUGCCUGCACUUUGGAAGGACAAAACUAUUUAUAAUACGACGCGUUAGUUAAUUGCGACGUGCGCAAUAAAUUAUGGACUGGACGGAUAUUGCAGUGUUUAUUUAGAGAUCUGAUAUAACUGGUCGCCAUUCGCCACCAUUUGGAAGUACUAUUUUAUCCGAAACAGAUUUUAAGCAACACGGCUUCAGCGAAUUCAGCUUAUUAUUAAUUAGUUCAAUCGCCGAAGUUUGAUCACGUGUCUAUGUUUAAUUACGUGCCAAGCUUAUUUAUUUUUUAUUUUGUAAAUAACUCAACUGAGACAGAUAUGACAGUUCUCCAUGAUGACGCCAUUUUUUCGACUGAUUUGUAUGAAACUAGAUUACAUAGACACUUGUAAAUAAGUAUUAGACUGCAACUUUCCAUUUAUUUUAUAUGUGUAAUAACUGAGUCAAGCUUUGUAGUUAGGCGUUUAUAAACGAGUGGCUCUAGUGAGAUAAUGAAUGAAUCGUACGAUUGA